AAACGUCAAACUUAAAGUGAAUGUAACGACAUUGACGUCAACGUCAAUCAGUCAGUUCGAGAAAUGGCUUCUUUGAGGAGCCCGGCUUCGCCGUCCGACGGUUAUAAGAGGUUCAGUGAUGAUUUCGCAAACACCAGCAUCAACAAUUACGGCUCAAACGUCACAAACACACGGGCGGGCACAGAUGGCGCUGGCGAGGCGGGCUCGCUGGACAUGGGCAGCCGGUCCUCGCUACACACCGGCCUGCAGAUGUCCGAAGAUGAGCACUGGGAGAUGAACUACCAUGAGGCUGCUAUAUAUUUAGAGGAAGGAUUAAACAACGAGAAGUUCGACUCUCACCCGUCAAGUCCUGAGGAAUUACCAGCAUAUUUGCGCGUACAUAAUCCUUGGUACCAUGGCCUGGACCUGCUCGCUUCCCUCGUACUCAUCCUGCUGGCAUUCACCGAGGACCCGGCUGUGCCCGCAUUUGAGUUACCAGUGUGGGCGCACGGUACCAUAGAGCUACUGGCUCUGACAGUGAUCGGAGUGGAACUGCACCUUAAGCUUAAGUGGAUAGGAUGGAGCACCAUACUCAAACAUAAGAGGACUAUGAUUAAGGGUAUAACAUUACUAAUAAUGGUGUUAGAAGCGGUGGUAGUUUUAUGCAGACAGUCGUCUCACUUCCGCGUGACGCGCGCACUACGACCAAUCUUCCUGGUGGACACGCGGCAUUGCGGCGGUGUGAGGCGGUUUAUACGACAGAUAUUGCAGUCACUACCGCCCAUAUUGGAUAUGCUAGGUCUUCUAAUGUUCUUCGUGGCGACGUAUUCGUUGCUCGGAUUCUAUUUGUUCUCAGAACACAUUGACAACGGUCAUUUCAAGACCAUUAGCGACUCUUUUGUCAGUAUGUUCGUUCUACUUACCACCGCCAAUUUCCCAGAUGUAAUGAUGCCUUCCUACGCCAAGUCCAAGUGGUACGCGGUCUUCUUUAUCUUGUACAUUAUAACAGUACUUUACGUGCUUAUGAACUUGAUGUUAGCCGUUGUAUACGAGACGUUCACGCGUAUAGAACGCGAGAAAUGCCGGGCGUUGUUGUUGCAUCGACGCGUGGCGGCUCGUCGCGCUUUCCGUCUGCUGGUUUCCCGCCGCGCGCCACGCGCCGUGCGCCUGCGACACUUCGCCGGACUCAUACGACACUACGCACCACAUUAUAGUGGUCUGGACGUGUACUUGAUGUUCAAGCAGCUGAACCAGUCGGGGUCUGGGGGUUUAUCGCGCGCGGAGUUCGCGAACGUGUACGAGGUGUUCGCGCUGCGCUGGGCGCCGCAGUCGGGCCGCGCACCUUGGUACGCAGCAUCCGCUCUCGAGCCUCUCGGCCGCGCCGCCGCUGCAGCAGUACGGUGGCCAUACUUUGAAUAUCUUAUAUAUGCAUUGAUAAUCGGUAACGGCGUGUCUCUGGUGCUGCGCGUGUGUGAGGCGGCGGGAGACUUGCAGGACAGCGCGCGUCUGCUCUGCGCCUCCUGGGACACCUGGCUCUUCCUCACAUUGUUCCUGGUGGAGGCGUGCCUGCGCAUGAUGGCAAGCGGGUUGGCCGCGUACCUGGAGAGCGGCUGGAACGUAUUCGACCUUAGUGUGACACUGCUCGCCCUCAUGGGCGCGGUGCUGCUCAGUAUCGCGCCUAAACUUUUCAUCGUCGUUAUAUUCAGACCGCUACGUCUAAUGCGUCUAUACAAGCUGAAGAAGCGUUACCGUGACGUGUUCGGCACGCUGGUGCUGCUGUCACCGCUGAUGUCAUCUGCCGGCUGUGUCAUGCUCGUCAUGUACUACUUCUUUGCGAUCAUCGGCAUGGAACUCUUUGCAGGAUACGACCUUAAGAACUGCUGCGUUAAUACAACAGUGGAGGAUUUCUACAAGUACUCGGAGAACAGUUCGACUGCACUGGGCUACUACUAUCUGAACAACUUCGAGAACAUUCUGACGAGCGGCGUGUCGCUGUUCGAGCUGACAGUCGUCAACAACUGGUUCAUACUGAUGAACGCGUACGCCACAGUCGCUGGACAGUUCAGCAGACUCUACUUUAUGGUAUUCUAUCUAUUUACGAUGGUGGUGCUGACAAUUGUGGUGGCGAGCGUCUUAGAAGCUUUCAGGUUUAGGAUACAAUACAAGCGUAGUACUACUAAAAGAGAUGAGGAGAAGUUACUCCACGAAGAAGUACAUACGAACUGGGAGGAGGCGCAGCGGCUCGGAGUCAGCGGGGACUUGGCCGAUGAGUUGAGACCUUUCUUACCUCCAGGAGUGGACGUUACGUUUAUCGGUUCCCGGCCGCGUACGAAAGAAGUUCUCCAGCGACGUAUGUACCAGGCUGAUAUACAAAAAUGGCUGUCGGAGGAAGAUGACAGCGAAGACUUACCUCCAUCAACUACGGUGACGUCUAGCGAGGACCCGCUGGCGCCGCCCCUCAUCCAGCAGCCUGAUGGCGACAACCAUCAGAUAAGGCCCGGCUACCAGUUGUAGGACUUGCUUCUACUCGCCUUACGCAACAGACUCCUCCCGCUAUGGGAAGCUUACAAGACUUUAUGAUAGUGACAAGUGAUUAGUGCAAGUGUCAAGUGGUUUUUUUUUGUUUAGUUCCCGUGAUGUAACACAAUAGGAAUACAGGUAUGUAUUUUGUGUUAAUAAUAUUUUGAGGUUAUAUUUCCAUAAAGCAGUAUGGAUCUUUUUUUUUUAA